AUUUUCACGAACGAGGAAGAAGAAGGAGCACUCGCUUGUUGUUUGUUGGGAUUUUUCGCAGCAGGCUAAAAUGAGGACAUUGAAGUCCUUUCGUGUGUUAGUGAGUCUGUGCUUCGUGCUCGCAUACACCUCGGCAACUGCCGAUGUUUUUGAUGGAGUUUUGGGAAAUACUGCGUCUUGCCAUAAGACAUGUCAAAUGACUUACAGUUUGCACACAUAUCCUCGGGAGGAGGAACUGUACGCCUGCCAGAGAGGUUGUCGCCUGUUCUCCAUUUGCCAGUUCGUGGGCGACAGCGAGGAUCUGAACCAAACUAAAGUCGAGUGUGACUCCACUUGUCAUGAAGCGUACAGCCAGUCAGAGGAGCAGUAUGCCUGUAACCUGGGCUGCCAGAGUCAGCUACCGUUUGCUGAACAAAGACAAGAGCAGUUGCUGGCCAUGAUGCCCCGUAUCCACCUGCUGUACCCUUUGACUCUGGUGAGAGGGUUCUGGGAUGAUGUCAUGAGUCAGGCCCACAGCUUAAUCUCCUCCUCUUGGACCUUCUACCUCCAGGCUGACGACGGGAAGCUGGUCAUCUUCCAGACUGAACCACAGAUCCAGUUUAUUCCUGCGUUUGAGCUCCAGAAAGAGGAAGUCAGGGGAGAACCACAGAAGAGAUAUCCUGGCCUUGGUAGCCCGGUGUACAAGGACUACCAGCGUAGUUUCGUCCAGGAGAGGGACAGGGACAUGUAUGUGGACCGCAGCAUCAACGAGGACAACUACAACCUCUUCAGCUGUCUCUCCAGGAACCCCUGGCUCCCAGGCUGGAUCCUGACCACCACUCUGAUCCUGUCUAUUCUGGUUCUCAUCUGGAUCUGCUGUGCUACUGUGGCAACCGCUGUUGACCAAUAUGUCCCAGCUGAGAAACUGAGUAUCUAUGGAGACAUGGAGUACGCCAAGGACCAGAAACUGCUGACCCCUUACCCAGCAUCCUCUCUGGUCAUCAUCACCUCUGGGCAGGAGGAGGAGGCUGGACCCCUCCCUUCCAAAGUUAACCUGGACCAGUCCAACAUCUAAACAUCAAACCAGCUAGCCUGGGCACCAGUCGGUUUGUGCUAUCUUUCCGCUUCUUGCCACUCCUAAACUGGCAAGGACACAACCCGACCUUUACCCAGGCUACAAACCAACAGGGGGGAGAUGAUGAUUAAGAGUAAAAGGCCUUUUUAUGGAGAUUUUCGAGACUACGAUUAAUCUGGGUCCGGACUAGUGAAUUGAAACAUGAUUGUGCAGGUUGAGGAAGGAAAUCUAAGAAGAUUUAUGAAAAAGCAUGCUAAAUUGGGUAUCCAUUGAAAGGGGUGUUCUUCAGUCCAGGAGUAGGUUUAAUCUGGGUCUGCAAACUGAAGCUGGCCCUUGUUUUUUUUUUGUUUUUUUUUUUUCAGAAAGCUCAAGUCAGUCUUACUUUUUCAUACUGUUAGAACCCGUUUUAGUCUAAAACUGCUUCCAGCACAUUUUUUUUGUUUGUUUUUGUAGUGGCUGUUGUCUUGUUCCUCUCUCAAGCUCUAGAGAUUGGCAUAAGAAUUGGGGGGUGUUUGUUGUUGUUCUGUGAAUUGGCAUAUAGUGAUGCACUAUCACGAUGAUGGCAGCACAGUUACAUUAGCUUCUUUUUUAAGACUUUCUUUGUUGGUGUGUGUAUUCCAGACCCUCAUUUGAUGUAUUAUUGAAUAAUUAUUAUUUUGUUGUUUGAAUUCUCUUCAUGAGUCCCCAAUGGCCCCCUAUUCCCUAGAUAGUGUUGUCAAAGAAUACUGCACUAUAAAGGAAAUAGGGAGCGUUUGGGGACUUGUAGCACAAGUUUUAUGUGCCGAUUUCAUUUAGAAUGUAGAAACCCUAAAUACAUUUUGGUGAAAUGACACGGGUCAGUAACGGGCUAUGUGCAUCUACCACUACCGCUGUAUCUAUCCCUUUCACUUAUUGUGGUCGUGUUUAAUCUGUAGUGGUUGGGUGGAGGUUCUGUUUAUAAGCAGCUCUUUGUCACAACAGAGAUUUUGUUUUAAAAUAUUAUACAAUUAACACUGAUAAAUGUGACUUCAGAUUUGCUUUAGACAUGACAGCACUGUGGGUAGUUGUAACUUUACUUUGGUUUUCUCCUGAUGAGGAAUGGUUUUGAAAUAAACAAGAUUGAGUCAA